UUCACAGAUCUCCUUCUCUCGUUUCUCUAUAGAGAGAGAGAGAGCUAACGCAACACUAGACACAGUACAGAGUACAGAGUCGCGCCAUUCGACGCGGCCGCGCGUAACUCUCAGUAAUAGCCUCGAGCUAUCUCGAACCGCCAUUCUUCCCUCUCGAUCUUCCCCCUCCACGCUCAGCUCGCAUCGCAGCUCCGUGUACGGAGUCGGGCGCUCGACCUGCCGGAGGGUUUUUCUAGGGUUUUCGAAUCAUGUGGAACAACGCCGGCAGCGGCCAGAUUGCUCCGCCGGGGACCAGCGGCCCCUCCGCGAUCCCCCCGCCGCCCGCGCCGCAGCCCUCGUACACCGUCCUGCCCUCGCCCGCGGAGGCCGAGGCCAGGCUCGAGGAGAAGGCGCGGAAAUGGAUGCAGCUCAACUCGAAGCGGUACGGGGACAAGAGGAAGUUCGGGUUCGUGGAGACGCAGAAGGAGGACAUGCCUCCCGAGCACGUCAGGAAGAUUAUUCGGGACCAUGGGGACAUGUCCUCUAAAAAAUAUCGCCAUGAUAAACGUGUUUACCUUGGAGCUUUGAAGUUUGUUCCUCAUGCAGUUUAUAAGCUCCUAGAAAACAUGCCCAUGCCAUGGGAGCAGGUUCGUGACGUGAAGGUUUUAUACCAUAUCACCGGGGCAAUAACAUUUGUCAAUGAAAUACCUUGGGUUGUUGAGCCCAUCUAUUUAGCUCAGUGGGGUACAAUGUGGAUCAUGAUGCGAAGGGAGAAAAGGGAUAGAAGGCAUUUCAAGAGAAUGCGGUUUCCACCUUUUGAUGAUGAGGAACCUCCUCUGGAUUAUGCUGAUAAUCUAUUGGAUGUUGAUCCUCUGGAACCGAUUCAGUUAGAGUUAGAUGAAGAAGAAGAUUCAGCUGUAUGUACUUGGUUUUAUGACCAUAAGCCUCUUGUGAAAACAAAGCUCAUAAAUGGUCCGAGUUAUCGGAAGUGGCAUCUUUCUCUGCCAAUUAUGGCCACCCUCCAUCGGCUAGCAGGGCAGCUUCUUUCUGAUUUGAUUGACCGCAACUACUUUUAUCUGUUUGAUAUGGAAUCCUUUUUCACUGCCAAAGCACUGAACAUGUGCAUACCAGGAGGUCCUAAGUUUGAGCCACUGUACCGGGAUAUGGAAAAGGGAGAUGAGGAUUGGAAUGAGUUCAAUGACAUUAACAAACUCAUUAUUCGUUCUCCUCUCAGGACAGAAUACAGGAUUGCAUUUCCACAUCUUUACAACAAUAGGCCUCGGAAAGUAAAGCUUUGUAUAUACCAUACUCCCAUGGUCAUGUAUAUAAAGACUGAGGAUCCCGAUUUACCAGCUUUCUAUUAUGAUCCUUUGAUUCAUCCUAUUACCAGCAUUAACAAGGAGCGCCGCGAGAAGAAGGCAUAUGAUGAUGAGGAUGAGGAUGAUUUCUCCUUGCCCGAAGGAGUUGAACCUCUGCUGAGUGAUACCCAGCUCUAUACUGACACCACAGCUGCUGGAAUCUCAUUAUUAUUUGCGCCACGUCCUUUCAACACAAGAUCCGGGCGCAUGCGGCGGGCUGAAGAUAUACCCCUUGUGUCAGAAUGGUACAAGGAGCACUGUCCUCCAACAUAUCCCGUGAAAGUUCGAGUCAGCUAUCAAAAAUUGCUGAAAUGUUUCGUCUUGAAUGAGCUACAUCAUCGACCUCCUAAGGCUCAGAAGAAGAAGCAUUUGUUCCGGUCUCUUCAGGCAACCAAGUUUUUCCAGACUACUGAGCUGGAUUGGGCAGAGGCGGGCCUGCAAGUAUGUAAACAGGGUUACAACAUGUUGAAUCUGUUGAUACACAGGAAGAAUUUGAACUAUCUUCACCUUGACUACAAUUUCAAUCUUAAGCCAGUGAAGACUCUCACGACAAAAGAAAGGAAGAAAUCACGUUUUGGCAAUGCAUUUCAUCUCUGUCGUGAGAUUCUGCGUCUUACAAAGCUUGUGGUUGAUGCCAAUGUACAGUUCAGGCUAGGGAAUGUGGAUGCAUUCCAAUUGGCUGAUGGUUUACAGUAUACGUUUUCACAUGUUGGACAGUUGACUGGCAUGUAUCGAUAUAAGUAUCGACUGAUGAGGCAGAUUAGGAUGUGUAAAGACCUGAAGCACUUAAUUUACUAUCGCUUCAAUACGGGUCCCGUGGGGAAGGGACCUGGAUGUGGUUUCUGGGCACCAAUGUGGAGGGUGUGGCUGUUCUUUCUGCGUGGUAUAGUACCUUUGCUUGAAAGGUGGUUAGGGAACUUAUUGGCGCGUCAGUUUGAAGGACGCCAUUCAAAAGGGGUCGCCAAGACUGUAACAAAGCAACGGGUGGAAAGUCAUUUUGAUCUGGAGCUUCGAGCUGCCGUUAUGCAUGAUGUUCUUGAUGCCAUGCCAGAGGGCAUUAAGCAGAAUAAAGCGAGGACCAUUUUGCAGCAUCUUAGUGAAGCAUGGCGCUGCUGGAAAGCCAAUAUUCCUUGGAAGGUUCCUGGUCUUCCAGUUCCCAUUGAGAACAUGAUUCUUCGUUAUGUUAAAUCGAAAGCUGAUUGGUGGACAAACGUGGCGCAUUAUAAUCGUGAACGUAUAAGAAGAGGUGCAACAGUUGAUAAGACUGUGUGUCGGAAAAAUCUUGGAAGAUUGACUCGCCUCUGGUUGAAGGCUGAGCAGGAACGACAACAUAAUUAUCUGAAAGAUGGGCCAUAUGUCACACCAGAAGAAGCUGUGGCAAUUUAUACCACGACUGUGCACUGGUUGGAAUCAAGAAAGUUCUCCCCCAUUCCUUUCCCUCCGUUGUCAUACAAGCAUGAUACAAAGCUGCUUAUUUUGGCUCUAGAGAGGUUAAAGGAAUCUUACAGUGUUGCCGUGAGAUUGAAUCAGUUGCAGAGGGAGGAGUUGGGUCUCAUUGAACAAGCAUAUGAUAAUCCUCAUGAAGCUUUGUCACGAAUAAAGCGUCACUUACUUACACAGCGUGCCUUUAAAGAAGUGGGCAUUGAGUUUAUGGACCUGUAUAGCUAUUUGAUUCCUGUAUAUGAGAUUGAGCCUCUUGAGAAGAUUACUGAUGCAUAUCUUGACCAGUAUCUGUGGUAUGAAGGCGAUAAACGUCAUCUGUUUCCUAACUGGAUUAAGCCUGCAGAUUCAGAACCACCUCCGCUCUUAGUUUAUAAGUGGUGUCAGGGUAUAAAUAACUUACAGGGUGUAUGGGAUACAAGUGAAGGGCAGUGUGUAGUCAUGCUUCAAACCAAGUUUGAGAAGUUCUUUGAAAAGAUUGACUUGACUAUGUUAAAUAGGCUUCUUCGCUUAGUUCUCGAUCACAACAUUGCUGAUUAUGUAACUGCGAAAAACAACGUUGUCCUUUCUUACAAGGAUAUGAGCCAUACAAACUCUUAUGGUCUUAUAAGGGGACUUCAGUUUGCUUCUUUUGUUGUCCAGUAUUAUGGACUCGUGUUGGAUCUACUGCUUCUGGGAUUGACACGAGCCAGUGAGAUUGCUGGUCCACCGCAGAUGCCAAAUGAGUUCAUUACUUUUUGGGACACGAAAGUUGAGACCAGACAUCCCAUUCGGUUGUAUUCUCGCUACAUAGACAAAGUUCAUAUCCUGUUUAGAUUCACUCAUGAGGAGGCCCGUGACCUUAUCCAGCGGUACCUUACUGAACAUCCUGACCCCAAUAACGAAAACAUGGUGGGAUACAAUAACAAGAAAUGCUGGCCCAGAGAUGCAAGGAUGAGGCUUAUGAAACAUGAUGUUAAUCUUGGGAGAAGUGUUUUCUGGGACAUGAAGAAUCGUCUUCCUAGAAGUAUUACAACCUUGGAGUGGGAGAACAGUUUUGUUUCUGUUUACAGCAAGGACAAUCCCAACUUGCUAUUCAGCAUGUGUGGGUUUGAAGUCCGCAUACUGCCGAAGAUAAGAAUGACGCAGGAAGCGUUUAGCAAUACCAGGGAUGGCGUUUGGAAUUUGCAAAAUGAGCAGACCAAAGAACGGACAGCAGUUGCAUUUUUGCGGGUUGAUGAUGAACAUAUGAAAGUUUUCGAGAAUCGCGUGAGACAAAUUCUGAUGUCCUCUGGGUCGACGACAUUCACCAAGAUUGUUAACAAAUGGAAUACUGCCCUCAUAGGACUCAUGACAUACUUCCGUGAAGCUACUGUCCAUACACAAGAGCUUUUGGAUUUGUUGGUCAAAUGCGAGAACAAAAUCCAAACACGUAUCAAGAUUGGAUUGAAUUCUAAAAUGCCUAGCAGGUUUCCUCCUGUCAUUUUCUACACUCCGAAGGAAAUUGGAGGUCUUGGUAUGCUGUCAAUGGGUCAUAUAUUGAUUCCGCAAAGCGAUCUUCGAUACAGCAAGCAAACUGAUGUUGGCGUAACCCAUUUUAGAAGUGGAAUGAGUCAUGAGGAGGACCAAUUGAUACCUAAUCUCUAUCGCUACAUACAGCCAUGGGAAAGUGAGUUCAUUGAUUCACAGCGAGUAUGGGCUGAAUAUGCCUUGAAGAGGCAAGAAGCACAGGCACAAAACAGGCGUUUGACGUUGGAGGAUUUGGAGGAUUCAUGGGACAGGGGGAUACCUCGUAUAAAUACACUGUUUCAGAAGGAUAGGCAUACACUUGCGUAUGACAAAGGAUGGAGGGUACGGACUGAUUUCAAGCAGUACCAGGUCCUGAAACAAAACCCUUUUUGGUGGACACACCAAAGGCACGAUGGUAAACUUUGGAACUUGAAUAACUAUCGGACUGAUGUUAUCCAAGCUCUUGGAGGUGUUGAAGGGAUCCUGGAGCACACCUUGUUCAAAGGAACAUACUUUCCAACAUGGGAAGGUCUCUUUUGGGAAAAGGCAUCGGGUUUUGAAGAGUCGAUGAAGUACAAAAAGUUGACAAAUGCACAGAGAUCUGGUCUGAACCAGAUUCCAAAUCGUAGGUUCACCUUGUGGUGGUCGCCUACAAUUAAUCGAGCAAAUGUUUAUGUGGGUUUCCAAGUGCAGUUGGAUCUCACUGGGAUAUUUAUGCAUGGGAAGAUUCCUACUUUGAAGAUAUCUCUAAUCCAGAUAUUCCGUGCUCAUUUGUGGCAAAAGAUCCAUGAGAGUGUAGUUAUGGAUCUUUGCCAAGUUCUCGACCAGGAGUUGGAUGCAUUGGAAAUUGAAACCGUCCAGAAGGAAACUAUCCACCCAAGGAAGAGUUACAAAAUGAAUAGUUCUUGUGCUGACAUUCUCCUCUUUGCUGCUCAUAGAUGGCCAAUGUCGAAGCCCAGUCUUGUGGCUGAAUCUAAGGACGUUUUUGACCAAAAAGCAAGCAAUAAGUAUUGGAUAGAUGUGCAGCUUCGCUGGGGAGAUUAUGAUUCUCACGAUAUUGAGCGUUACACGAGAGCCAAAUUCAUGGACUAUACAACGGAUAACAUGUCUAUAUAUCCAUCUCCAACUGGUGUUAUGAUUGGACUUGAUCUUGCUUAUAACUUGCAUUCUGCAUUUGGUAAUUGGUUUCCCGGUUCCAAACCACUGCUUGCACAGGCUAUGAAUAAGAUUAUGAAGUCAAAUCCAGCAUUGUAUGUUCUCCGAGAGCGCAUAAGGAAAGGUUUGCAGCUCUAUUCUUCAGAGCCUACAGAGCCAUAUUUGUCAUCUCAGAAUUAUGGAGAGAUUUUCAGUAAUCAAAUAAUAUGGUUCGUUGAUGACACUAAUGUCUAUCGUGUCACAAUUCACAAGACAUUCGAGGGAAAUCUGACUACAAAGCCCAUCAAUGGUGCCAUUUUCAUAUUUAAUCCAAGGACUGGCCAGCUUUUCCUGAAGGUCAUUCAUACAAGUGUUUGGGCUGGGCAAAAGCGUCUAGGUCAGCUGGCCAAGUGGAAAACAGCAGAAGAAGUGGCUGCUCUUGUGCGUUCUUUACCUGUUGAAGAACAACCAAAGCAGAUCAUCGUCACUCGGAAGGGGAUGCUUGAUCCUUUGGAGGUUCACUUGUUGGAUUUCCCCAAUAUUGUUAUUAAAGGAAGUGAGCUGCAACUACCAUUCCAAGCUUGCUUGAAAAUAGAAAAAUUCGGUGAUCUGAUUUUGAAGGCAACAGAGCCUCAAAUGGUUCUGUUUAACAUAUAUGACGACUGGCUGAAGAGCAUAUCAUCCUACACUGCAUUCUCUCGUCUCAUUUUGAUUCUCCGUGCUCUUCAUGUGAACAAUGAGAAGGCUAAAAUGUUACUAAAGCCCGAUAAGACAAUUGUCACUGAACCUCAUCAUAUUUGGCCGUCUCUCACAGAUGAUCAGUGGAUGAAGGUUGAAGUAGCCUUGAGAGACUUGAUUCUUUCAGAUUAUGCAAAGAAGAACAACGUGAAUACUUCAGCACUCACACAGUCUGAGAUUCGUGAUAUCAUACUUGGUGCUGAGAUUACCCCUCCAUCACAACAGAGGCAGCAAAUUGCGGAAAUUGAGAAACAGGCAAAAGAAGCCAGUCAGCUUACGGCAGUCACAACAAGGACCACCAAUGUACAUGGCGAUGAACUGAUUGUGACCACUACAAGUCCUUAUGAACAAGCUGCAUUUGGGUCCAAGACUGACUGGCGUGUGAGGGCUAUAUCAGCGACCAAUCUUUAUCUUCGAGUGAACCACAUAUAUGUUAAUUCAGAGGACAUUAAGGAGACGGGAUAUACUUAUAUCAUGCCCAAGAAUAUAUUGAAGAAAUUUAUCUGCAUAGCAGAUCUGCGAACUCAGAUUGCUGGGUACUUGUAUGGUAUAAGCCCGCCCGAUAAUCCUCAGGUCAAAGAAAUUCGCUGUAUUGCGAUGCCACCUCAAUGGGGAACACAUCAGCAAGUGAACCUUCCAAGUUCACUCCCUGAGCAUGAUUUCCUAAAUGACUUGGAGCCGUUGGGGUGGAUGCACACACAACCAAAUGAGCUUCCACAGUUAUCACCUCAAGAUCUAACCAACCAUGCUCGGGUUCUGGAGAACAACAAGCAAUGGGAUGGCGAGAAGUGCAUUAUCCUGACAUGCAGUUUCACGCCAGGUUCCUGCUCAUUGACUGCUUACAAGCUCACCCCUUCAGGUUAUGAAUGGGGGCGUCUGAAUAAAGACACCGGAAGCAAUCCUGCUGGAUACCUUCCGACUCACUACGAGAAGGUUCAGAUGCUCCUGAGCGACAGGUUCCUCGGCUUUUACAUGAUGCCGGAUAAUGGCCCGUGGAACUACAACUUCAUGGGUGUGAAGCACACGUCAAGCAUGAAGUACGGAAUGAAACUGGGGACGCCGAGAGAGUACUAUCACGAGGACCACAGGCCCACUCACUUCCUGGAGUUCAGCAACAUGGAAGAGGGCGACACCGCGGAGGGCGACCGUGAAGACACAUUUACUUAGUGUUCUUUGUAGUAAACUCCUUUCGGGUUGUGUUUUGGAUGUUGAAAGCCACCUUUUGUUGCCCUGUACCCGCCCAAAUAGAUGGCUCCCGAAAAUUUUGCAACAGCAGCUGUUGUAAGCUUGUAUCUCGCUCUCUUGUGAGAGCGAUGUAUGUAUGAUACGUAACUAUAGUCAGCAAGAGCUAGUUUUUUAGUUUAAAAAAAUGAGAAAUAGCAGCUCCACGUGUUGAUC